UCAAGACUGAAUAAAAAUAACUACCAAUCCUUACUCUCUUGGGAACCUUAUAGCGUUUUAUUGAUUUUACUUCCACCGUUUAAACAGUAAUAUAGAAUAGAUAUGGAUGGCGGCAAACCGUCCCUUUCACUUGUGUAUCAAGCGGUUCAAGCGCUUUACCAUGAUCCAGAUCCUGCCGGCAAAGAGCGAGCCUCGGUGUGGCUCGGGGAGCUGCAAAGAUCGAUGUAUGCAUGGGAGAUCUCAGAUCAGCUGUUGCAGCUGAAGCAGGAUGUUGAAUCCUGCUACUUCGCUGCCCAGACCAUGAAGAUGAAGAUCCAAACCUCCUUCUAUGAGCUGCCACCAGAGACACACAUCUCCCUCCGCGAUUCGCUGCUCUCACACAUACAGAACCUCAAAGACCUCUCACCCAUCAUCAUCACCCAGCUGGCUCUGGCAAUCGCUGAUCUUGCCCUGCAAAUGGCUUCCUGGAAGGGUUGUGUUCACACCCUUAUUGAAAAGUACAGUAGUGAUGUUUCCUCCAUGCCUUUCCUCAUUGAGAUUCUCACAGUUCUCCCAGAGGAGGUUCACAGCCGUUCUCUCAGGAUCGGAGCAAACCGACGGACAGAGAUAACUGAGGAUUUGGCCUACUACUCAACCACUGUAGUCACUCUCUUGGUGUCAUGUGUGGAGAAGUCUGGGAAUGAUGAGAAAAUGCUGAUUAAGGUGUUCCGCUGCCUGGGUAGCUGGUUUAAUCUAGGAGUUCUAGACAACAAUUUCAUGGCCAGCAAUCAGUUACUUAUGGUUCUCUUCCAAGUGUUGCAGAGGGAUGAGACGUCCACUAACCUGCACGAGGCUGCCUCAGACUGUGUUUGCUCAGCACUGUACGCCAUAGAGAAUGUGGACACACACUUGCCUCUGGCCAUGCAGCUCUUCCAGGGUGUUCUCACUUUAGAGACUGCCUACCACAUGGCAGUAGCCAGAGAGGACCUCGACAAAGUGCUGAAUUACUGCCGUAUUUUUACCGAGCUCUGUGAGACCUUUCUGGAGACGACAGUGAGAAGCCCAGGUCAAGGCAUGGGAGACCUUCGUACCCUGGAACUGCUGCUCAUCUGUGCUGGGCAUCCACAGUAUGAGGUGGUGGAGAUCUCCUUUAACUUCUGGUAUCGCCUCGGGGAGCACCUCUAUAAGACUAAUGACCCAGCGCUCCACAAUGUGUUCAGACCUUACAUCCAGAGACUGCUGCACGGACUGGCUCGCCACUGCCAACUGGACCCAGAUCAUGAGGGAAUCCCUGAGGACACCGAUGAUUUUGGGGAGUUCAGGAUGAGAGUGUCUGAUCUUGUGAAGGAUGUUAUUUUCCUCGUUGGAUCCACAGAAUGUUUCUCUCAGCUGUUUUCAACUCUGAGAGAAGGAAACCCACCUUGGGAAGUCACGGAGGCUGUUCUCUUUAUCAUGGCCGCCAUUGCAAAGAGUGUAGAUCCUGAAAAUAACCCCACUCUGACGGAGGUGUUGGAGCAGGUGGUCUUGCUUCCAGAGACAGUCCAUAUUGCCGUGCGUUACACCAGUAUUGAACUGGUCGGAGAGAUGAGUGAAGUUGUUGACCGAAACCCACGCUUCUUAGAUCCAGUGCUGAACUACCUGAUGAAGGGCCUUAGGGAGAAGCCCCUGGCCUCAAUGGCAGCUAAAGCCAUUCACAACAUCUGCUCUGUGUGCAGAGACCACAUGGCCCAGCAUUUCCAGGGCCUGUUGGACAUCGCCCGCGCCCUCGACUCCUUUGCCCUAUCUUCUGACGCAGCCAUUGGUCUGCUAAAAGGCACAGCCUUAGUGUUGGCCAGGCUUCCCCUGGAGAAGAUCUCUGAGUGUUUGAGUGACCUGUGUGCAGUACAGGUCAUGGCUCUUAGAAAGAAUAUGGCAAAGUCUGUCUCUCAACAGCUUUUAGCUCAGGACUCCAGCAAUGGUAAAUCUGCGGAUCCUACCAUUUGGCUUGAUCGACUGGCAGUCAUAUUCAGACACACAAAUCCUAUAGUAGAGAAUGGACAGACACAUCCAUGUCAGAAAGUAAUUCAAGAGAUCUGGCCUGUCUUAUCAGAGACACUGAACGCACACCAGGCUGAUAACCGCAUUGUGGAGCGCUGUUGCCGGUGCCUGCGAUUUGCAGUCCGCUGUGUGGGAAAAGGCUCUGCUUCAUUGCUCCAGCCACUUGUCACACAGAUGGUGAAUGUAUACCAGGUUUAUCCACACUCCUGCUUCCUAUACCUGGGCAGUAUCCUGGUGGAUGAGUAUGGCAUGGAAGAAGGCUGCAGGCAGGGUCUAUUGGACAUGGUCCAGGCUCUCUGCAUGCCUACCUUCCAACUGCUGGAGCAGCCCAAUGGUCUACGCAACCAUCCUGACACUGUGGAUGACCUGUUCAGACUGGCCACCAGAUUUGUCCAGCGCAGUCCUGUCACACUGCUGAGUAGCAACAUCGUUGUCCACAUCAUCCAGUGUGCCAUCGCUGCCACUACCUUAGACCACCGAGAUGCCAAUUGUAGUGUUAUGAAGUUCAUCAGGGACCUGAUUCACACAGGGGUCUCCAAUGACCAUGAAGAAGACUUUGAGGUGCGAAAGCAGCUGAUCAGCCAGGCCAUGGAGCAGCACGGCCAGCAGUUGGUCACUCAGCUGUUGCACGCCUGCUGUUUCUGCCUGCCGCCUUACACACUGCCCGAUGUCGCAGAGGUGCUCUGGGAGAUCAUGAUCUUUGAUCGGCCGACGUUCUGUCGUUGGCUAGAGGCUGCGCUGAAGGGUCUUCCUAAAGAGACAUCAGGAGGGGCCAUAACUGUCACUCAUAAGCAGCUCACAGACUUCCAUAAGCAGGUCACCAGUGCCGAAGAGUGCAAACAGGUUUGCUGGGCGAUCAGAGAGUUCACCAGGUUGUACCGAUAGUCGUCUUCACUAUGUUACGCCACUAGACCAGGUCAAACCUUUUGUUUGCAAACAUUGAGUUGACUGCUGUUGAGAAACUAAAAGGAACUCCUACAUGAAGGAUGGGUGGGACUUGGCACCACUGAAAGCCAAUGAGAUGCAUCACAGCUUUGGAGUGACAGGGUUAAACGAAACUCAAAUUGCCUUGAAGGUGCAAAAAAAGAACAGACAAACCCCCUCCCUUCGCCCUCAUUAGCCUGCUGUCACCACGGCUGCAGCAAGAUGAGGUGUUGGGAGGGAUGGCCUCUUUCUUGUGGGGGUUGGAAGAAGUGGAGUACACACCGACACAAUGAAAUGGAUUUAUUUUUUCAGUUGGAUUUCUGUGGGAUCCAUCUUAAAAAAGGAACACAAAACGGGAAAAAUGAGAAACAAAAAUGAGGACAUAACAAAGAUGUGCCUGGUUGCAAAUCAUAAUGCAUUAUAAAAAAAAAAAAAAGACCUAAACGUUUUUAAAAAGAUAAAAAAAAAAUGGAGAGGAUUUAUUUUCUUGGACAUGUCUUUAGAAAUCAGAAAAUGGCUUUGCUGUUUGUGCCAUAGACAAUGAAGAGCAAACCAGUGACAAUGACACACAUCUACAGUGACAGCCUGUGCAUGUUGGAUGUGAGGAAUUGGCAGAAGAGUGAUUGCUGGGACUAUGGCAUCGCUUUUGUCCCUUUUAAAGAUGGCUGGAAUUUUACCAUUACGGAGUUAUUGCCAGAUAAAGCUGUAAGAUGCUGUCGCUUUGACUCUGGCAAUCAGGUUGGGUUGUUGUUGUUGUUGU